AUAUCAUUGUUUAAAAUUAAUAUUGGAUUACGGUUCGAGAUAUCCUCACGGAUUUCAAUGAAAACAAAAAUAAUCGUAUCUGUUAUUUGUGAUUUGAUAUUUUAUAAAUAAUUGUGAUAAGUCGUUUGGGAUUUAGGUCGUUACUUUAACAAGGAAAAAAAAAGGGAUUUAGGUCGUUAAUUUUUCCUUAUAAAACCAACAUCUUUUUCGUUGCUGAGACCACCACACAUGCAAACUCAGUUUAAAUCAUGUUUGGUUUCUUGCUCUGUCGACGGAAGAAAGCAAAAGCUUUCACAUGGAAAGUGUUGAAGAUGCUUCAAUCUCGUCUUCUGCUACUCAAACACCAAAAGUAUGCAAAAGCUAGACAUAUACGUAUGGAUAUUGCUGACUACAUCCGAAGCAAUGAAUCCACCAAUGCACUCCUCCGAACCGAACAGCUCUUCCUCGUCGAAAACUCGAUUUCAAUCUACGAUUUGUUGCUUAAGUUCACAGAUUUCAUAAUCCGACGCUUCUCCCCAAUUCGAAAACACGGAGAACUGGUUAAUGACGAUACUUCGGAAGCAGUUUCGACUCUUAUCUAUGCAUCUGUGAAGUGUAAAGAUAUACCUGAAAUGCUUACUUUAAGCGAGCUGGUUGGUCAACGUUAUGGUCAACGUUAUGUAACAACUGCUAUUCAGGUUCUCCCUGGGAAUCUUGUAAACACGGAGAUCAAAAAGAAAUUGUCGAUAUAUUCAGUAUCCGAACAUGUGAAGUGUCGAAUGGUGGAUGAAAUAGCCAAGGAAUCGGGUUACCGUUUAGAAAUACUAAGGCUGGAACAUAAAUCUGAGAAUGAAAACAAGGUAUUUGACGUGAAAGAGAAGAAAGUAAUGGAUUUGGAUAAAGAAGAGAGAAGCAAGAAAGAGUCACCACAGGAGGUGUAUAAAUUUAUCCUCACCGAUGUCAAAGACGAGAGAAGCAAGAAAGAGACAUCAAUGAAAGAUGAUUACAUAGAAGAUGUGAUGAAGUCUAGAUUGUUGGCUGAAAAAGCGAAGAAGUCAGGUCACCGUUUAGAAAUAUUAAGGCCGGAAUAUAAACCUGAGAUUGAAAAUCAGGUUUAUGAAGAGGAAGAGAAGAAAGUAAUUGAUCCGGAUAUGGAUAUUACAUCUUAUGAAGAGCCACCACACGAGGUGUAUAAAUUUAGCAUCACCAAUUUCGAAGAAGAGAUAAUGGAAGAUGAUUACGUAGAAGAUGUGAAGUGUAGAACGUUGGAUGAAAUAAUGAAGAAAUCCGGUCACCGUUUAGAAAUAUCAAGGCGGAAAUAUAAACCUGAGAAUGAAAAACAGGUUUAUGAAGAGGAAGAGAAGAAAGUAAUUGAUCCGGAUGUGGAUAUUAGAUCUUAUGAAGAGUCACCACACGAGGUGUAUAAAUUUAGCCUCACCGAUUUCGAAGAAGAGAUAAUGGAAGAUGAUUACAUAGAAGAUGUGAAGUGUAGAAUGUUGGAUGAAAUAACGAAGAAGUCCGGUCACCGUUUAGAAAUAUCAAGGCGUGAAUAUAAACCUGAGAAUGAAAAACAGGUUUAUGAAGAGGUAGAGAAGAAAGUAAUUGAUCCGGAUGUGGAUAUGAGAUCUUAUGAAGAGUCACCACACAAGGUGUAUAAAUUUAGCCUCACCGAUUUCGAAGAAGAGAUAAUGGAAGAUGAUUACAUCGACGAUGUGAAGUGUAGAUUGUUGGAUGAAAUAAUGAAAUCCGGUCACCGUUUAGAAAUAUCAAGCCGGGAAUAUAAACCUGAGAUUGAAAAACAGGUUUAUGAAGAGGAAGAGAAGAAAGUAAUUGAUCCGGAUAUGGAUAUUAGAUCUUAUGAAGAGUCACCAGACAAGGUGUAUAACUUUAGCCUCACUGAUUUCGAAGAAGAGAUAAUGGAAGAUGAUUACAUAGAAGAUGUGAAGUCUAGAUUGUUGGCUGAAAUAAAGAAGAAGUGUGGUCACCGUUUAGAAGUAUUAAGGCCGGAAUAUAAACCUGAGAUAAAAAAAAAACCUGAGAUUGAAAAACAGGUCAAUGAAGAGGAAGAGAAGAAAGUAAUGAAUACGGAUGAGUCACCAGAAGAGGUGGAGAAAUAUUUUAGUCUCACAGAUGUUGAAGAAGAGAGAAGCAAUGAAGAUACAUCAAUGGAAGAUGAUUACAUAGAAGAUGUGAAGCGUAGUAUGGUGGAUAAAAUAACGAAGAAGUUCGGUCACCUUUUAGAAAUAUUAAGGCCGGAAUAUAGCAGACCUGAGAUUGGAAAACAGGUCAAUGAAGAAAAAGAGAAGAAUGUAAUGAAUAUGGAUAUUAGAUGUGCUGAUCAGUCACCAUACGAGGUGUAUAAAAUUAGCCUCACCGAUGUUGAAGAAGAGAGAAGCAAGGAAGAUACAUCAAUGGAAGAUGAUUACAUAGAAGAUGGUCAAGUGGGAAAAGAUCAAAGAGUAUUCAGAUUCCGAAAAAGUAGUGAAGAGAAGAGAAAACCAUCAUCACCAUUAUCAACACUAAUGGAGUUUAGGAAUACGGAGAGUUUGACGUAUUACAUGAGGCAAACAAGGACUCAUCAAAGAAGAAGAAGAUCAUCAACAUCACCACAUUGUCGCCAUUGUGUAGAAUACAAUGAGUUCAAAGUGAAGAAGGAAGAAGAAGAAGAAGAAGAAGAAGAAAGACAAAGCUUAAAAACCAAGAAUGUUCAUUCGAAGCUUCAUGAGUACGAAAAGUUUUUAACUCAGUUUAAAAAGAAGAAGGAAGCAGAAAACGAGAGACGAAGAUUAUUCCCCAAAGGCUUUGAGCCUACGCUUCCUGAUUACGACGAAGUUAUUACUCGGUUUAGAGCGCUGGAGGCACAAGAAGAAGAAAGACAACGAUUAGCAGCAACAAAACAUAUUCAUCCUAACCUUCCUGAUUACGACCAAAUUGUUACUCAGUUUAAAGCGCUAAAGGAAGAAGAAAAACAAGGACAAAGAAUACGAACAAAAUGACAUCAUGUACUUUCAACAUCGGUCAAUACUUCUUGAUUAUUACAUUCAAUCUAUUCUUAAGAAUGUAAUCUCCUAUCCUAUGUAACGUCUUUGUAUUUUUGGGUAGGAAACAAUAAUAUUGUCAUAAAGUUUUAUAUUUCGAUUUACACAUCAAUAAUGAGAAAUUAAAAGCAAUUUCGUUUCCUUAGUAUUUGCUCCUUAACGAUACACAAUUAUGAUUCCGUAUUUAACACGGAAAUGAGGCCUUCUCUACUCUUCAACCAAUUGCUGGUGUUCUCCGAUAAACACCUUAACAUCACCAGACAUAUUCUUCACCUCUCUUUCUAUGAUCUCACUAGAAUAUCUAGCAAAUUCGCUUC